AUGGACCAGCGAGUAAACUUAAAACGGUGGCUGCGUUUUUUGUUGUUCAGCCUUCUUUUUGGUGUUUCGUUUGGAGAAGUCCGCUAUGUCCUUCCAGAGGAGAUGCAGCGAGGGUCUGUUAUCGGGAAUGUUGCGCGGGAUCUUGGGCUGAAAGUGACGGAGCUUGAUGCUCGCAGAGUCCGGGUUGUUGCAGAAGGAACCAGCCAACUAUGUGAACUGGACACUGCGUCAGGCAAUCUUCUGAUCAGCCAGCGGAUAGACCGAGAGGAGCUCUGCGCGCAAGCAGCUGUCUGCAUCCUCCAGUAUCAGCUCUUAUUUGAAGAUCCCCUUCAAGCAUAUAGCUUAGUUUUGGAUAUUACAGAUAUAAAUGACAACAGUCCCGUUUUUGCUGCGGGAGAAAUAAAUCUAGAUUUAGUGGAAUCCACAGUUCUAGGGAGGCGAUUUCCGUUGGAGGGCGCGCAUGACCCCGAUCUGGGUACCAACUCUGUCCGUGAAUAUAAACUGAGCGCGAAUGACCAUUUUACACUGGAAAUGACUACCCAAAUAAACGGCAAUGCUUAUCCUGAACUAGUUCUCAAAAAAGCGUUGGACCGGGAGGCACAAGCUGAACAUGUGCUUAAAAUCAACGGAAUUGACGGGGGAAAUCCAUUCAGAUCAGGAACUGCUUCUAUCCAUAUCCGUGUUCUGGACGCCAAUGAUAAUGUCCCAGUUUUUAGCCAACGAGUUUACAAAGCCUCUGUGCCAGAGAACUCGGCCGUAGGAACUGUCAUAGCAACACUGAAUGCCACGGACUUAGAUGAAGGUGUUUAUGGAGAGAUAACCUACUCUUUCAGUCACCUCUCAGACAAGAUGUCAGGAGUUAUUGAAAUGAACCCACUGAGUGGAGAAGUAAAGGUGACAGGUCUUAUUGACUAUGAAGAGGCCAGUACUCACGAGCUGGAUGUUCAGGCAAAAGACGGCGGAGGUCAGGCCUCUCACUGUAAACUUAUAAUUGAUGUAAUUGACGUUAAUGAUAAUAAACCAGUGAUAGAAAUAAAGUCAGUCUCUGCUAACGUGGCUGAAGACUCUAAACCAGGAACUAUGGUUGCUCUUAUUAAUAUUUAUGACCUGGACACAGGAAGCAGUGGGCGCGUCACGUGUUCAAUCUCAGACAAUGUUCCAUUUAAAUUUUUAUCAGAGGUGAAAAACUAUUACAUGUUAGUGACUGACGGAAUACUAGACAGAGAACUUCAACCAGAGUACAACAUCACAGUCACUGCCACUGACGCGGGCUCUUCCUCACUCUCCAGUGUGAAAGUUCUAACAAUCGUGGUUAAUGAUGUAAAUGAUAACCGCCCAACUUUUACGCAGAGCGAGUUCAAUGCCAACAUUUUGGAAAACCAACCCGUUGGCACUUUUGUGAUGAAAGUGACAGCAGAAGACACAGACGAUGGAUCUAAUGCUAAAGUACUGUACCAAAUAUCAAAGGACACAAAGUCAGAAGUGUCCUCUUUUCUUACCAUCAACUCAGAAACAGGGGAGCUCUUCACAUCGCGUCUCUUUGAUUAUGAACAGUCAGUCCACUUCCAAAUUAAGGUGACAGCUCGAGAUGGAGGCGACCCCGCACUCUCCACUACCUGUACUAUAAAUGUUUUCAUUGAGGACCAAAAUGACAAUACACCCGUUGUGCUAUAUCCUGUCCAAAGCACCGGGUUCAUAGCUGAAGAUAUGGUGCCAGCUGAAGCGCCUAAAGGCUACCUGGUUACUAAAGUGGUUGCUGUGGACGCCGACUCUGGCCAUAACGCCUGGCUCUCCUACAGAAUAAUCAAAGCAACGCAGCCUAACAUGUUUACAGUAGGUCUGCACACAGGAGAAAUCAGAACAAUGCGAACAUUCAUAGAGGACGACGAACCGAAACAAACUGUUGUCGUUUUGGUAACGGAUAACGGGUCGGAAUCUCUCUCCGCCUCUGCUACAGUCUGCAUAAUAAUUGGUGACGGUCUGCCUGUUUUAAGUGAACUUUUUGAGCUUGCUGAUGAAUCACAGGACAGAGACAACUUAACGCUCUAUUUGAUUAUCGCUCUGUCAACCGUUUCCUCUCUUUUCAUCCUUUUAAUCAGUGGAGUGUUUUAUUUUAAGCUCUGUCGGCGUGGUUAUGUGUACCGUUCAACCGCCACCAGUCUCCCCGUAUUCCCCACCACGUAUUGCCCCCCUAGCUUUACAGAUUUAAGUCGUUGUGGGACCCUGCUGAAAGAUGAUCGGUAUGAUUCCUUCUUGACCACUGGGUCGUGGAGAGGCGAUUUUCGUUUUGGCUCAAGCACAGACACUGACACACUAAAGAAAAGGAGUGCAGCCUAUCAAAAAAACACCCUAAGGCGCACCAGUACAGACAGAGCUAGUCUGAAGGUGAGGGCAGGUGUACCUCAUCCAUGCUACGUGGUCAAAUGAGAGUCCAAAUAAUC